CCAGCAUGGCCACAAUGACCUCGGCGUUCCCCUUUAAAAUCCCCGAUGAUCCACUGCAGGCCGGAUCACGCCCAAACUCCUGCUCUACCAACCCCAAUAUACAUCCAGUGAUUGCGCCUACAGAAUUUUCAGAUUUAUCCUUCUGGGAAUCAUUUUCUUCCAAUUCACCUUGUGAAUUAUCACUUUUAUUUAGCUCCUCCUGGAAGCAGGACUUUUCAACCAAUUCCUCCAGUGAACUACGACUUUCAAUCAAUUCCUUCGGGGUGCAGGAGCCUUCUUUCAAUUUUUCUUGUGAACUUUUAUCAUUGUUUAAAUCCCCUUGUGAGAAAAAAUCAUUUUCCAUUUUGUCCUCAGAGUCCGAAACAUCUUGAAUUC